CAUCGGAGUUUGGCUUUGUCUUUAAUUGGGUUUGAUCCGCAAUCUGUCCUUACAGCAAACAUGGCGACCUCCACGACGGGCAAUGUGAAGGAUGAAACUAGCGCAGAAUUUGAUAAAGCUAGCGAUUUAUCUGACAGUGAUGACGAAGAAGAGUCAGACAGUGAAGAGGAAGAAGUGGAAGAAGAAGAAGAUGCAGAAUGCGACGAAACGCAGGUACCAAAACCCAAAACCAUCACAUGUGAUGACAUGGUGACAAGGCUGAGCUGUCAUCCUAGUGACAAGAUACUGGCAGCAGCUAUGAUGGAUGGCACAGUCAAACUUUUUUCCUACUCCACUGAGACACCCAAUGAAGAGAUCAUGUCCCUGUCUGCACACCAGAAGGCCUGCCGAGGAGUGGCAUUCUCAGAAGAUGGGAAAACUCUGUACACGAUAUCCAGAGACAAGUCAUUAAGGGUUUUUGACGUCACCACCGGACACACAUCCCAACAGUUUCUCAAGGCGCACAGCAGCCCGCUGUACUGUCUGCUAGUAGCAGAUGAGAACCUUAUUGCAACAGCUGAUGACGAUGGGCAAUUUAAAGUUUGGGAUCUCAGGAAGAAGCAUGCCAUCAUGGAAGUAAAGGAGAACGAAGAUUACAUCAGUGAUAUGGCCAUUGAUAAGGCCAAGCGCAUCAUAGUAGCCAGCAGUGGAGAUGGCACAAUGUCAACUUUUAACAUCCGCCGCAGGAAAUUUGUAAUGCAGUCGGAGAAUGUCCAGAAUGAAAUGAUGACCAUUACAAUAGUCAAGGAUGGCAAGAAAAUCAUCUGUGGUGUGAGUGACGGCGCCCUCAACAUGUACAACUGGAAUGAGUUUGGGGAUCUGAGCGACCGGUUCCCCGGGCACCCCCAGUCAGUGGAUGCUUGCGUUGCGCUGACUGACAGCAUAGUCUGCACGGGUAGCAUGGAUGGGAUGAUAAGAGCUGUGAGUAUCCUACCCAACCGGUUCCUGGGUGUGGUCGGUGACCAUGACGACUUCCCAAUCGAGUCUCUGGCAGUCACACCAGACAAGAAUGUCCUCAUCAGCUGCUCCCAUGACCAGAAAAUCAAAUUCUGGAAUGUCUCACAUCUCUUGAAGAAGGAGGUGGACCCCCAGGCAAAAGCCGAACCCAAGAACAAAUUCAGGCACUUUAACGCCAAGGGGAAACAUGAAAAUUUCUUUGCAGGAUUGACAUAGCACAUGCUGCAUAAUUGUUCUUCCAUUUUGUUGUGUUGUAAAUUAUAACAUUUGAUACCCCAUGCCAGAACCAGGCACACCCUGCUAAAUACGGAUUGGGUUUUUUAUUUCAUUAAGUUAUCUGUAAAGUUUGAUGAAUAAAUCGCGCCCAAAAAACUAUACAGGAGCCAUAUCUGAAUAAGUGUUGUAACAGUGCAAACAUUUUGCAUCAGUUGAAUGCCAAUUUUUACUCAUUUUGGGAACAACCUGGUUGUGCCACAGGCUUUUGAUAUUAAAACCAAAUUUGUAGUCCAGUUCAUCAUAAAUCAAUCACAAAUCAGAUAACAAUUCAAUCACAAAUUAGGUCACAAGUUACAGAAAAUGACAAAGCAGUCCCGUUUGUCUGUGUUUACUUUAUUAGCUUGUGACGUGACUUGAGAUGCAAUGACUUGUACUUGAUUUGAGAAGAAAUAUGUUCUUCCUUUUUAAAGUUCAUUUUUUAGUCUUGUGUCAACUUUCUUUCUUGUAUAAUGUCAUGUAUUUUUAAGUGUAAUAUACAAUUAUUCAGUGAAAACUUACUGAGAUUCACCUGCAUAAUAUGUUUGGUUUUUUUUCGUUUCAAUGUUGAAUCGCAUUUCUUUAUUAAACAUUAAUGUGAAAAAUAACACUUUAAGUAUUUAUGUUAUAAAUUUCACUAUCCUUU